AUCUCCUCCUUUCGUUUGGGCUGCCUUCUCUCCCCAGACAGACCCUGCCCUUUUCCUUUCUGUCCUCAGUCUGUGGAUUGUGUCCUGGAGCUUUUUGGGACGUCUACGAUGGGAAGCUUCUGCCCGCAGUGCUGACACCGCACCGCCUCCAUCAGGAGUACAUGACCCUGCUUGCCCUUUAAAUGUCCGUCACCAUGUCCAAACGCGAGAACAGCAGCACCAGCCCGGUGGUCAGACAGAUCGACAAGCAGUUCCUGGUCUGCAGCAUCUGCCUGGACCACUACCACAACCCUAAAGUCCUGCCCUGCCUGCACACCUUCUGUGAGAAAUGUCUUCAGAACUACAUCCCUCCCCAGUCCCUGACACUGUCCUGCCCAGUCUGCAGACAAACAUCCAUCUUGCCAGAGAAGGGCGUGGCAGCUUUGCAGAACAAUUUCUUCAUCACGAAUCUCAUGGAGGUGCUGCAGAGGGACCCAGAGUGCAGCCGGAUCGAGGCCUGUAACGUCCUUGAGUCGGCCAGCGCUGCCACCGCAUGCCAACCGCUCUCAUGCCCCAACCACGAGGGCAAGGUGAUGGAGUUCUACUGCGAGUCAUGUGAGACGGCCAUGUGUCUGGAGUGCACGGAGGGGGAGCACAGGGAGCAUGUGACUGUUCCUCUGAGAGACGUGCUGGAGCAACACAAGAGCGCCCUGAAGAAUCAGCUGGACACGGUCCGCAACAGAUUACCUCAGCUGACAGCUGCCAUCGAGCUGGUCAACGAAAUCUCCAAACAACUGACGGACAGGAAAAAUGGGGCGGUGACAGAAAUCAGCAACACCUUCGAUGAGCUGGAGAAGGCCCUCCACCAGCGCAAGACCGCGCUCAUCACCGAGGUGGAAAACAUCUGCAGCGCCAAGCAGAAGGUUCUCCAAGCUCAGUUGGCCUCUUUGCUUCAAGGUAAAGAGAACAUCCAAAGCAGCUGCAACUUCACAGAGCAAGCGUUGAGCCACGGCAGCGCCACAGAGGUGCUUCUGGUCCAGAAACAGAUGGGCGAACGGGUCAGCGCCCUCGCGCGCUACACUUUUCCCGAGUACCCCCAUGAAAACGGACAUCUGGAAUGCCAAGUGGAAACGGACGGCUUGCGACGAUCCAUCCAGAACCUGGGGGUCCUGAUAACAACGGGGGCAGUGGGCCACACUAGCGUUGCUACCGGCGAAGGCUUGAGGCACGCACUGGUGGGUCAGCACACCACCAUCACCGUCACCACUAAAGACAAAGACGGUGAACUGGUGAAGACAGGCAACGCGGCUCUCAGGGCAGAGAUUGUCUCGGUAGAUGGGAGCUCCACUGAAGCCGAGGUCGUGGACAACAAAAACGGCACCUACGAGGUGGGCUACACCAUCCGCUCCGAGGGGGAGUUCUCCUUCUCCUUGCUGCUGUAUGAGCAGCCGGUGCGAGGGAGCCCGUUCCGCCUACGUGCAGUCAAGCCGUCAGACGUCCUGCAGUCGCCGGAAGAUGUGAAGAGGCGAGUCAAGUCCCCGAGUGGAGGCGGCGGGCACGUGCGACAGAAGGCGGUGCGCAGACCUUCCAGCAUGUACAGCACGACCAAGAAGAAGGAAAACCCGAUCGAGGACGAGCUGAUCUACAGAGUGGGAACUCGAGGGCGAGACAAAGGGGAGUUCACCAACCUACAAGGCAUCUCCACCGCCACCAAUGGCCGGAUUGUGGUGGCCGACAGCAACAACCAGUGUAUACAGGUGUUUUCAAAUGACGGGCAGUUUAAGAUGAGGUUUGGCGUCCGCGGGCGCUCGCCGGGUCAGCUGCAGCGCCCCACUGGCGUCACCGUGGACAUGAACGGUGACAUCAUCGUGGCCGACUACGACAACAGGUGGAUUAGCAUCUUCUCUUCAGACGGGAAGUUCAAAAGCAAAAUUGGCGCUGGUCGACUGAUGGGACCGAAAGGGGUGGCGGUGGAUAAGAACGGCCACAUCAUCACGGCUGACAACAAGGCCUGCUGCGUCUUCAUCUUCCAAUCCAACGGGAAGCUGGUGACAAAGUUCGGGGCCCGGGGGACUCUGGACCGACACUUCGCAGAUAAAAGUGGUGCAAACAUUGAGCAAAAGCUUAGUAAAUCUGGCCCUGUCUUCAGUCCCCACUUUGUGGCGGUGAACAACAAAAACGAAAUCGUGGUGACGGAUUUCCACAAUCACUCCGUCAAGGUGUACAACGCGGACGGCGAGUUCCUGUUUAAAUUUGGUUCCCACGGUGAAGGGAACGGCCAGUUCAACGCUCCCACUGGAGUCGCUGUUGACGCCAACGGCAACAUCAUCGUCGCAGACUGGGGCAACAGUCGCAUCCAGGUGUUCGACAGCUCCGGCUCCUUCCUCUCUUAUAUCAACACAUCUGCGGACCCGCUCUACGGCCCUCAGGGUCUGGCCCUCACCUCCGACGGUCAUGUGGCUGUGGCCGACUCUGGCAACCACUGCUUCAAGGUGUAUCGCUACCUGCAGUAACACCGGGGCGGCGUGUCGCGCGACGAUCUCCAGGGUGGUAACGUCAGAUGCAAAGGCUACAGGAAGCAAACAGAUAUGAAGCUGGUUUGACGGAAAGUUGCUGGUGGAUUUGUUUUAGUAACCUUUAGAGUCAUGACCUUAGAUCAAGAGUUCCUCUCCUCGAGUGGGUUUUUGCUCUCAAAUAUUGGAUUCGUGAGCCAAAAUAUGCAUCAUAAUAAUACGAUAAAAGGCUAGCGCUGUGAAGUUUCAACUCAAAAACAAUGAGCUUCGACAGUUGUAAACACAGCAUGAAGGAGAAUUAUUAGCUGGCCAAGUUUCACCGGGAAAUCAGGGUCAUAACUGUGUGACGUCUGGACACGACGGUGUGUGGCGCGGAUUAUCAUUGCUCCUCAUCUCACACACCGGAGGAGGCUGCAUCCUGCUAGCAUGUGAGACCCUGCAGUCACACGCCAAUGUCAACGUGGUUCCUGAAGAACAUCAUCGCAGCCAUGGGUCUCAGUUUAAGACAUUCAGAAUCUGAUCUGUGGUCACUUUCAGAUGACAUGGUGGACCUCAAUCCGGCCCCCAGACCUGGUGUUUGGGAGCUGGGGAAGAAAAAAAAAAUGUAAUUCAUGGUUCAAUCCUGUUUCCAAAAGAAAAACAUGGAAGCAGAAAUAACAGAAAAAGAAUUAACAUUUUUAAAUGAAUAAAAAUGAAAAAUAAAGACUGAAUAAAGAAUAGGAUUCACUCGGCCUGAACUCAGAUUAUUGACGCUGUAAUCCUCAAUUCAAUCUCAGCUACAGCCAAAAUGAUCGAAUAUUUCAACAAAGAAUUUAGGAAAAAUUCAAUAAAAAAUUUCAGUAUUUAACCAGUGUGGUGAAAACACAUAGCUGAAUUCAUCCAUAAAAUCUGAUGUGAAAAUAUUUGAAAAAAAUAAAUAGAGGUUGAGGAAAAAAACCCACAUUGAAAUCUGAGCCAUGGAGAGGUUCCACUGUCCAGGGGUCCACGUCACAACUGUUGGGCCGGAUUAUACAGCCAUAUUUGAGAACAAAAUCCACAAGCCGUUGGUGAACAGUAAACCCAUCUUACUCUAGUUUAGGAGCAAAAGAAAGCCAUCGGAUCAGUAGACAGUAUUUACUGAGCCAUAACUCGCCCGGAAGCAUGAGAACUUCACAGUCGCUUACAGUGCUACCAACACUUAACCAGCAAUGUUAACUUCAGUUGCAAUGUCGCCGCCAUCCGUGCAUUGAGUUGCUGUAUGUAUUGUACAAACAUAAAUGUAUAUUGUGUAUAUUAGAUCGCGGCGUAUCUACGUGCUAUGAUUUUUCUGAAGCCUGUCUUCUUGGGGGGAGGGGGAGGGAAGUGGGCGGGGCUAUUCCACAACACAGGAUUCCAGAUGUGUGAGGGCAGCUGCUUUUUCAACCAGCACAUGCUGAUAUUUAUUACAAGUGUUAACAGCACAACCGUUCUUCUGUUACUGUUUGAAAGGGAGUCUAAUUUAUUCUUAUUUUAUAAGCUAUGUCAAAAUUAUUUUUCUAAAUUAACGUGCUCGUUCUUCAUUUCACACUCCGACAGGAACCGGUUUUUAUGUCAGAUUCACAUUCAGGAGGUUUUGAUAUGCAUGAGCAGCCUUUUUCACAGCUACGAUCGUGGUCAUGUCGUGUUUGGCCAUAAACGCACAGUGGUUAUGGAUGGUCUUAGAUUGCAGCAAUACACACAGAGUGACCUGCAAUACUGCAUUUGUUAUAGAGAACUUCCCGGACGAUUGUCGUGGAAGCCUGUUACACUCACAGAAAAAAGGUUGGAGAAGCCGAAUAAUGAAGUUGAAAUAUUGGAUAUUAAAAAAUGGUUUCAAAUGUAAUAAACAAAAAAUAUUGGGAGGAAUUAAAGACUGACAUUGUACAAUGAAAUCUUAACUAGUAAUCUCGACGAGUACGUUAAAUUUUGCGAUAGAAAGGCACAAUAUUGGCCAAAACUAGUAACACAUUAAGUCAAAUUAAUAAAUCAAAUAAAUAAAUAAGAAGAUUAUCGGUUGAAAUAUUAAAAUAUUGAAUCAAAUUGGCAAGCAAGGUAGAAAUGUAAAAAUUAUUCAAUCACAAAAAUUCACAAUAUCGUCGAUAUAUCGACUUAAAUCGUCAUGUCAAACAUUAUAAGGCGUUAAAAGUUACAUGUAAUGAGAUCGAAAUGACGAAACGCAAAGUAAAAACCAGAAGCUCUGGACGGAUAACCAGGGCGAAAAUACUGGCAAAAUAAAAAGCCUGUCAGAUAAUGUAAUAAACAAAAAAUAUUGGGAGGAAUUAAAGAAUGACAUUGUACAAUGAAAUCUUAACUAGUAAUCUCGAUGAGUACGUUAAAUUUUGCGAUAGAAAGGCACAAUAUUGGCCAAAACUAGUAACACAUGAACUCGGAUUAAUAAAUCAAAUAAAUAAAUAAGAAGAUUAUCGGUCGAAAUAUUAAAAUAUUGAAUCAAAUUGGCAAGCAAGGAAGAAUUGUAAAAAUAAUUAAAUCACAAAAAAUCACAAUAUCGUCGAUAUGUCGAGGUAAAUAGUCAUGUCAAACAUUAUAAGAUCGAAAGCUCUGAACAGACAACCAGGGCGAAAAUACUGGCAAAAUCAAAAGCCUGUCAGAAAUGACAAGCGAAGCGCGAUGUACGAGUGAAGCGUGACUUCAAGUCACUGGUUCCUCCGCCUUCCAACCGUGAGUGGAACAGCGCCUGCGUUGAUCUUCACUGUAAAUGAAACACAUAUUUAAAGGGUGCAAUUUGAAUACUGCUUCACUGUCUUUACUUUUAGGCUUGAGACAUGUUGUAUAUAUUUAUAAAUAUAUAUACAAAAAAAUCAGUUGGUAAUACAUGUUUGCGAUCACAUGCGUCAUUUAUAAUUCGCGACUCUAUAAACUUUGUGAGCUGUAAAUCAAAGCUGCUGCUGCUGUGGCGCCUCCUGCUGGUCAUCAUGUGUAACAACAUCGCAGAUCCACACGAUGAGGGAUUCGACUGCAGCACUGUGCCAAAACUUUCACCCGAUUUAUGGCAUUUAAUACAACUUGCCGUCACACAAACGGUUUUGUUUUCUCUAUAAAUAUGCACUGGUAAUAAAAGCACAUGGUUUACUGAGAGGUCUGUCUCUUCU